AUGGCAGGACUGCGACGCAAUUUUGCUGUACAUCCAUUCAUUCUCCUCGCGGGAUUCCCAGAAAGUUGGUACGCGUGGCGCCGAGUUAUGUCGGACCUCUCUAGCACUUUUUUCGUAAAAGCCAUCAACCUGCCAGGACGAGGCGAUUCUGAUAAGCCCAGCGAUGGUAAUGAUACCGCGUCUGUCGCCAACAUAGUCCAUGAAGUACUCAAAGGGUUCGGGUAGGACAAGUAUUACCUCGCAGCCCAUGAUGUGGGCGCGUAGGUCGCCUUCACGUACGCACUAUUGUUUAGAGAAGAGGUUGACCGCAUGGCCUUGCUCGACGCUGGAAUUCCGGGCUUCAAACUUCCAGAUAUGGUACCGACAGACCCAGAGCGCGCAUGGCGCAAAUGGCCCUUCCCGUUUCGUUGCGUCCUCGACCUUCCUGAACUUAUGAUUAGCAACAAAGAGCGGAUUUAUCUGGAAUGGUUUCUUCGGCGCAAGGCAGCGGACCCGACCGUUUUCACCGAAGCUGACUCAAACGAGUAAGAGCGCACCUCGAGGCAGCCUGGGGCGCUGCGUGCAGGAUUGGCUUAUUACAGGGCAUUCAAAAAGUCGGCUCAACAAAAUGAGGAUCUUUCAAAGGAAGAAAGGGUCUUACCAGCCACGCUUGCGGUAUCAUCAGACGAGGGGUCGAUUCCUAACAUGUAUGAGCCUUAAAAAGCGUUUUCGUCUGAUUUAACAGAUUUUACGAUUAAAGAGUGCGGUCAUUUCAUUCCAGAGGAACGUCCUGUGGAGUUGUCU